GCCACGCCACGGAGGGCGCAGGGCGAGGGCGCGGGGCGUCGGAGCACGCGCGCAUGGAGGUGGCGCCGGUAGCCGCCUGAGGGCAGCGGGGCGAGCGGAGCGGGCCUUCUUGCGCAUCCCUCGAGCCACCUCGCGUUCGCGGCACCCGGCGGCGGCGGGCCGCGGAGCCGGCGCGGCCAUGGCGACGGGCACUCAGCAGAAGGAGAACACGCUGCUUCACCUCUUCGCCGGCGGGUGUGGGGGCACGGUUGGUGCUAUUUUCACUUGUCCACUAGAAGUCAUUAAGACACGGUUGCAGUCUUCAAGAUUAGCUCUUCGGACAGUCUAUUAUCCUCAGGUUCAUCUGGGGACCAUUAGUGGAGCUGGGGUGGUGAGACCAACAUCCGUGACACCUGGACUCUUCCAAGUUCUGAAGUCAAUCUUGGAGAAGGAGGGACCAAAGUCACUUUUUAGAGGCUUGGGUCCAAAUUUGGUUGGAGUUGCGCCAUCAAGGGCCGUGUACUUCGCGUGUUACUCCAAAGCCAAAGAGCAGUUCAGUGGCAUCUUUGUGCCUAACAGCAGCCUCGUGCACGUUCUCUCGGCCGGCUCUGCAGCUUUUGUCACAAAUACCUUAAUGAAUCCUAUAUGGAUGGUUAAAACCCGGAUGCAGCUAGAACGGAAAGUGAGAGGCCGCAAGCAGACGAACGCGCUGCAGUGCGCGCGCCACGUGUACCAGACCGAAGGCAUCCGCGGCUUCUAUAGGGGAUUAACGGCCUCGUACGCUGGAAUUUCCGAAACGAUCAUCUGUUUUGCUAUUUAUGAAAGUUUGAAGAAGUAUCUGAAAGAAGCUCCGCUAGCCACCUCCACAAAUGGGACUGAGAAGAACUCCACAAGUUUCUUUGGACUUAUGGCAGCUGCUGCGAUUUCUAAGGGAUGCGCUUCCUGCAUCGCUUAUCCACAUGAAGUCAUAAGGACACGGCUCCGGGAGGAAGGCACCAAGUACAAGUCUUUUGUCCAGACCGCUCGGCUGGUCUUCCGGGAAGAAGGUUACCUUGCCUUUUACAGAGGACUCUUUGCCCAGCUCAUCCGGCAGAUACCAAAUACUGCCAUUGUGUUGUCUACCUACGAGUUAAUUGUGUACCUGUUAGAAGACCGUACCCAGUAACGGGCCAGAAAAUUGUGCUCUAGAAUAAAAUUGAAAAACUCUAGAGAAA